UACAAUGUUCGUGAUGUUUCUGUAUCAAAAACUUUAAUUAUAAACAAUAUUUAAAUUAAACGUUGAUUAUAUGUAUUUUUUUUGUGAUUUCAUCCAAUUUUUAAUAAAUAAUUUAUAAUUCAUAAUAUGUUUAGUGACAGAUAAAAGGAAUACUAAUGCAAUUGAAAGAUUUGAAUGAAACAGUUUUCACAAAAAUAUAACCUUAAAAUUUGUUAUGCGUUUGACUUCACAUUGUUGCUGUCUAUUGACAUUCUGGCGAGAAAUUUAAAAACAAAUAUUUUUAAACAACAGGAAAAUGUCAAAAAGAAAUUCAAAAGAUUCUAAACAUAACUAUUAUUCACCAUCGAAAAAGCAAAAACUUAGUAUAACAAUUGAAAGUGGAGUAAAAACUAACAAUAAUAGACAAUCAACAAGUAAAAAUAAGCAAGAUGAUAUCUGGGGCGAUGAUUUUCCAGAGGAAGAUCUGGAAAAAAUUGAUCAUGUUGCAUCUCAAGCAUUAAGUCAAAUGGUUAAUGUAUCCAAUGAGAGUAUUGAUGGAGGAGAAAAAGUUUCAAAAAAUAUAACAAAACCUAGUACAAGUGCAUGGAGUGUUCCUUCUUUUGGCUUAAAAACUCAUGUACCAACUCCAAGAACAAGUCCAACUAUUAUUUUUCCAAGUAAUUCUUCGACAAAUUUAAAUAAUCAUCAAAAAACGACAAGCACAUUUAAACCAAAAACUAAGGAAUCUAGAGGAUCUAUUUUAGAAACAAAACAAAUUCACGAUUUGAAGAUAAAUGAUAAUCAAAAGAAAACUGAUCCAUCAAUUAAUAACAUUACACCGUUCAGUCAAACAUCUGAAAUAAAUUUUAGAGAUUUCAGAACGAAACUACUUAAUGAAAAUAAUAUGAAUUCAACACUUUUAUCUCAAAAUUCAAUUGUUCUUGUACCUGACGAUUCAGAACUGGAUCAAAUUGAAAAAUUAAAAAAAGAAAAAAUGAAACUAGAAGCUAAUGUUAUGACAAGGGAGGGUGAAGUAAUUUUUUUAAGAAGACAAUUAACAGCAGCACAACAAAAAUCAUUAAAUGAUACAUUUGAAUUAAAUAAAUUAAUUAAGGAACAAGAAAAUAAUCAUAAGACACAAAUAAAGGCUUUAAAGAAAGAAAAUGAUAAUAUUACUACACAAUUGAACUUAAAGACAUUAGAGAUGAAUAGUUUAAAGGACAAGACAAAAAUACUCCAGAAAGGUUCGGUAAAAUUUAUAGAACCUCAAUCAGCAAAUCUUGAUUUAUCAAAAAGAAAUAUAUCAAUAAAUAGUUAUAAAAAAAGUCCAUCUGUUAAAGUAAUAUAUAAGGAAGCUGCAACUCAAAUGGAAGUCGUAAAUAAUACGAAUUAUGAAUCGAAGAAUUCUACCACUCUUUAUCCACUGAAACGAAUUCCCGAAUCUAUAUUCGAAAGAUCUGAACCAGAAUUGCCAAUAAUUGAUAUACAUGUAAUUGAAAAAAUUGGAAAAGGAAAUUUGCCAAUUUUACAAGAGACUGAUAAUUUAAGAGUUUUUGAAAAUACAGAAGCGGUUAAGCCAAUUGUGACAAUCGUGGAUAAUAAGGAAUUGAAUGUACAAUUUUUUUUGGCGAAUUUAAAUAGAAUAUUAUAUAAAACAAUGGAAGAAAUUAAUUCAAGUGAAAGUUUGCCCAUAAUCAAUAUAAUCACUGCAACAGCAAGAGAACUCUUAUUAAAUAUCACAAUGUCACUUAAAAAAAUUUUCGAUGUUAUGACAAAUGAUGAUAUAAGAGAUAUGAAUGAUUUUUAUCUUUCAAAAUAUAGUACAAUUAAAAUUUCAAAUAUUGAUAAUAUUUUUAGUGCAAAAAAAUUAUUUGACAAAGAGAGAGCAAUUGAAGCGAGAAGAUCGAUUGCAGUUAUUGCUCAUAUUGUUGCAUUUUCAACUUAUUUAGGUGAAUAUAUAACUGGUAAAAAAAGAUUGAAAAUCAAUGAUGAUUGUUUUUAUAAAAAUUAUAUUGAACAAUUUAAAUCUUAUAAUUCUUGGAGCAAAAAAGAUUCUGAUUUUGAAUUUUUAGAAAUGAUUUUACAAUUUGUGACAAUAAUGGGAUUAACAAGAAAUGCACAUCAAUUUUGUGGAGCUAUUAAUGCCAUUAUUUUAACAUUGAAUAAUGCACAACAAAUUGUAGGAUUCUGUUCAAUUGGAUUGGAUUAUAUUUACAAGAUCUUUCGAGAAAUAGUUUUUUCUAGACCAUUGGUUGAAAAUAUCCCAGCAGUAAGUGAAAUGAUGAUGACAUUCGCCAAUUGUAAAGAAUUUAAUGAAAAACUUUGCUUUGGUCCAGAUCAUUCAGUUGUUAGUUCAAACAUUGAUGAUUGGUUUUUUGAAAUUGGAUCAGACACAUGCAUAAUUGAAAUUUUCAUUUCACAAAUAAAUAAAUUAAUAAAUGAUCCAAUUGUAUUGAUGAAUACAACGUAUGCAAUUGUUUCAUUUAUAGAAAAAAUUCGUCCCACUAAUGCAUUUCCAUGGAGACGUGGUCAAUUAAAUUCAUGCAAAUGUUGUUCAUUAUUAAUUGAUUUUGCCGUUAAAUCACUUAAUAAGUGUAUGGAAAUAAAUGUUGACAAUUUAAAUAUAAAUUUUCAAAAUCUAACAAUUUCAACGAACGAAAUUUCAAAAAUGUGUGAAAAAGAGUUUUGGUUUAAAUUAAAGAGAAAACAAAAAGCAAUUGCAAUAAAGGGAAUUGAAUUUUUUUGUCAUUUAAUGAGUAAUGAAUAUAUGUAUAUUGCAAAAAGAUCUGUGAUGCCACUCACAUUAUGUUUAUUUAUACAUCAAGUUGAAACAAUCUUUGAGUUGGAUUAUCCUGAAAAUUUCGAAAGUGCUAAAGCUGAGAUUAAUAAAUAUAUUAAAGAACCUAAGGAAAGAGAAAUUUCAAAUGUUCAAAUUGAAGUUGAUAUAAUGGGAAAACAACGAAAAUUAACGAAGUCUGAUGAAAAAUCUGAAUGGAAAUCUAAUCAAGAAACACGACUUAAAUGUUUCAUGAAGAAUAUCAUAAAUCCAUAGCGAAUUUAUUUUGUUAUAUAUUAAAAAUAAUCUAUAAAAUAUGCAAAAUGUUUAUUAGAAAAUAUUAUAAAUAAUGAACGUUUAGUGUAAACUGUUUUUCCAUUACUUUUAUAUUAUUUUUAAAUUCAAAUAAAUUUAAAAUAUAAAGUUGGUAGACGUGUAAAGUUAAAAAAUUUCGUUGUAAGUGCGCCUUUAGGUAUAAUUUUUCGAUUUAAAUGUCCUGUUGGCACCUGUCACUUUUUACAUGCACAACAAGUGUAAACAUAAGUUUUUUUAAAAAAUAAAUUCUAUUAUUUUGUAUGAAA